UCCUUCAGUCCUGUCUCUGUUUUUGUAUUUUGUUAUUUGCAGUCUAUUUUCUGAAUAUAUUUUUGUUUUCUUAUUACGCACUGUACACAUACAGGAUUUAGUACAUCCUUAAGACUAUACGCACGAAAUGGAAUGCAGGGUGCUAUCGAUUCAGAGUCAUGUUGUCAGAGGAUACGUUGGUAACAAAUCUGCUUCUUUCCCGUUGCAAGUGCUGGGGUUUGAAGUGGACUCCAUUAACUCUGUGCAGUUCUCCAACCAUACAGGCUAUGCACACUGGAAAGGCCAAGUCCUCACAGCUGAUGAGCUUCAUGUGCUAUACGAAGGUCUGAAGUUAAAUAACGUGAACCAUUAUGACUAUGUCUUAACAGGUUACACACGUGACACAUCAUUUUUGGAGAUGGUGGUGGAUAUCGUCCAGGAGCUGAAGAGGCAGAACCCUAACUUAGUUUAUGUUUGUGAUCCAGUGCUGGGUGACCAUGGAUCUAUGUAUGUCCCAGAAAAUCUAUAUCCAGUUUACAAAGGGAAGGUUGUUCCAGUGGCAGAUAUAAUAACUCCCAACCAGUUUGAGGCUGAAUCUCCCACAGACACAAACAGCGGCAGGCUUGUUGCGUCCAAUCGGCAUUCUCUGGCCCGGUGCCAAGCAGUGGUGUUACAGCUGGAAAGAAGUGGAAGAGAUUUCUGCUGCGAUGCUCUAGCAGUAAUGGACCUGCUUCAUGCCAUGGGACCGGACACUGUGGUCAUCACCAGUUCAGACCUGCCUUCCUCUUUAGGAGUAAACUACCUGAUUGCUCUGGGAAGCCAAAAGAAAGUUAAGCCUGAUGGUACAAAAGUGACCCAGCGGAUCCGUAUGGAAAUUCCCAAAGUGGAUGCAGUGUUCGUUGGCACAGGGGACUUAUUUGCUGCUAUGCUGCUGGCUUGGACUCACCAUCACCCCAGUGAUCUGAAGACAGCCUGUGAGAAGACGGUUUCAGUAAUGCAUCAUGUCUUAAAGAGGACCAUCUCUUGUGCAAAAGCUAUGGCCGGAGAUGGGAAGAAGCCUAGUGCCUCCCAGCUGGAGCUCCGGAUGGUUCAGAGCAAAAUGGAUAUAGAGAACCCGGAAAUCGUGAUAGAAGCCACAGUGCUAUAAAUAACAUAUCCACCCUGUUAACCGCACAAUGUAUAGAUGUUGUACAUUUUACCUGUAAUGUGUCAUUGCCUUAGAUCUACUACAGAGCACAACAUUUCCAUAAGUCAGAAACUAGCAGGGUAUUAGUGGUGGGAUAUUCAAGAGAAAGAAGUAGAGUGGCCUGGAUAUAGUGUAUCCCCUUUCCCUUUUUCUCUAGAGCUGCAUUAAUCUUGUUUUUAAUUUACCCUAGUGGUCUGGAGGUCCACUCAUGGCUGAAAAUAUUGAAAUCUGAAUUUCUUUCCUGUAACCAUUAAAGUACUGUUUAUUCAGGCUUCAUUGGCUUAAUUGUAAAGAGCCUUUAUAGUCAACUUGCAUUUUUUCACUAAAUAACAGCUUGUUAUUUUAUUAUUGUCCAGUGCAGAUCAAUUUAGGCAUAAUCACUAUUUUUAAAUAAAAAAUUCUUUAACCAUGCAGUUUCUUUUGUGUAAACACAGAAGUUAUGACUGAUUGGGUCUUCACAACAAAACCUUGGAUUUAAAGGAUGAUUGCUCAUUACAAGUUUAUUUGAAUGAUAUUCUGGUUAGACAUAGCAUUGUUCAACAAAGUUUUGCCAUUAGUUUAGCGGCAAAGAGUCCUUAUGGCAUGUUAAACAGUUUGGUGCAAACACACAGCUGUGAGAUUUGCAGACAACCUAAAAUAGAUUAAUUUUCUAGGCUCAAUUCAAUUAGAUUGAAAAAAAUCACAUGCCCUUUUGCGUUAUGAUUGAUGUAUUCCAUAAUUUAUUCCUCAGCAUUCAAUGUUAGGUAUUCAAUGCUUUAGUUUUUGUUGUAUCUGGAAAAUUCUACUGUGACUUUUAAACAGUUUUAUCUGCAUUCUAUUGUUAUUUGUAUAGUUUUAAAUGCAGUAUUAAAUGCACCAUUGUGGUAAUCUGGAUAAGCUUCUCUCUCAUUUACUGCUGGAAUUCCUAGACAUAAAUUUUCCUAUGUCAUGAUGUUCAUUGAAGUUCUUUGUCUUAGAAAUAAAGGAAAAUAACGUUCAAACUUUAGACCAGUUGCUUAUCAGUGAAGGCCUGUCUUUUGCAGCAUUUAGCAGGUUAAGAGUAUUAACAUCACUUCAUUAGCCCUAUACAAUUUCUUGCAUCAGGAAUUCGUCUUUUUGCAUACCCCAGCUUGCUCUCACAGACACAGACACACAGACAGGGAGAGAAGCUUGGUGUCAGCUUAGUUGAGCUGCAACUAUAGUUGAGAAAUAACUGUUUUGACAUAUCAAAUUAUAUUUAAUAUAUCUCUUUCAGGCAAAUGUAAUGUUGUCUGUGUAGAUUUAAAAUUACAAAUGACAAUUGUUCUUCCUAAAUAUUAAUAUAAAGUGUAGACAAAUUUUCAUUUUUAUGUUUUUUUAGAUUCCAUGCAAAAGAGAAACUCUUAUGGUGAACAAAUCUUUCACAGCCUAUUAACUCAGACUGUUUGUUCCUUGGACAGUCACAAGCUACACCUUCACCCAUCCAUUCAUUUAAUAACCGCUUCCUCCAAUUCAUGCUCACAGGGGAGCUGGAGUUUCUCCUGGCAAGCAAUGGGCACAAGGCUGGGCACACCCUGAACAGGAUGCUAAUCUAUUGUAGGACACAGUCACCACACUCACAACAGGGCCAAUUUUCCCAGUAGCUAGUAAAGCUACUAAUAUGUCUUAGGAAUGUGGUCUUCUAACAGUAGGAAGAAUCCAGAGCACUUGUAGGAUACCCAUGAAAACACAGGGAGAGCAUAUCCACACAGAUAGCUUUCCAGGUCAGGAAUUGAACCCAGGGCCACAGCGUUGCAAGACAGCAAAAGUAACCACUGCACCAGAAUGUCACCUACAAGCCACACCUGUAUAUGUGAGAUGAUUAUUUCUUAUAAAUCAACACUUCAAAUCCAUUACAAAAAAAUAAAAUUAAUUAUAAAUCUUAUUUUCACAUUUUAUAUUCACAUUUUCCAAGUACUUAUACUGAGUGCAUCUGGAAUAAAGUUUUAGUCUACAAAUUUGAUUGUAGAAGCAAAUGUAUACUAUAUUGUAUUUUAUCCUAGCUGACUUAGGAAUGUAUAAGUACUGUAUUUUCCUCUGUAAAAUCCAUAUUAAAUAUAAAAGAUUUCAAUAAAUUAUUCCUAUUAAUGUAAAUAUUUACUUGAACUUUUAUCCAAAGUAACUUACAUUUGAACCCAAUUUAAAUCACCAGUUCAGAGCCCUAACCUCUGCUCUUUAACUUUAACAACAGUGUCUUAAAUGUACUAAGCCAUUAUUUCAUUAGUGUUUUUGUUGUACUGUUGUUACUAUAACACAGGGCAACAAGUCCCCAUUGUGCCCUUGUGAAUAAAGCUUUCAAGCUUUGCUAUCAAUUUCACUACGCUAUAUUUGACUGUCCAAUGGUGUGAAAGGGAACAGUUUUUUUUUUUAAUAAUGUGGACCACAUUAUUCUUUUGAAUCCCAGGAAUCCUUUUAGGUUGAUGCAGCUCUGAAAUGUAUUCCUCUUCCACUUUCCACUUUGACCCUCUGAACUGUUUUUCUGUAUUGUAGCUUUGCGUGUUUUCUCUUUAUAGGGGUUGGGGUGUGAGUCAUGUGGGGAUAGAAGAAAAGGCCUUGCUGUAACCAGUGCUGAUGAAAAGAGGCCACUGUUUCUUGUUGACUUGCUUGGCAAGUCGACACAUACUACAGCCAAGUCUCAUACAAAUUUAUUUCCUUUUGUUUGCACGGUUUUUUGCACAGAAAACCAGAAAAUAAACAUCAGAGUCCAGGUGAAUCUUUAAGCAGGCAGUUUUUUUCUUUUCUUUUUUGGUUCAACUUAAAUAUAAAGGAAGAAAUGUCCAAAGCAGAACUGUCAUUUAUUUGAAUAUGCUGUAUUACAUAAUACUAUAACUUGUACUGUGCAUGAAGUAAAAUAUAUAGAUAUAUGAAGAAUUAUGGUCCCUUUAAUGCAGUGGUUUAAAUAUGUGCUGGAAAUAUGUGUUGGCCUAUUUGAAAAAAAAAUGUUAUAUCUUUAGAAUAAUAUUGUAUCCAAACCUCCUAAAAUGUUUUUAAGAGAGUUUACCAUGGUUCUCUUGCUUAACAGUAUGGCAGAGUUCUAACUAAAUUGGACAUUUAGUCAAAUCCCUAACUUUCGUGAUACACAAUGUAAGAAGGGAGGCUGGUAUAUAUCACAGAUGUAAAGAUGCAUCUACUGUAUAUGUAAGUUAGAAAUUAGUUAAGUAUGAGGACAACUUUACAACUGAAGCAAGCAAAGCUAUCAAUAUAACACAAUCAAAUAAGAAAACGCAAAAAACACUUGUAAAUAUAAGGAGGGUUGUUAUAAAAAUAUGUAGUAUAAAUAAGGAUAAAGGAGUAUGAUUUCAUUAUGUUACAAAAGUUCUAACAGACAUAAACAAAACAGGAUGCAGUAAUGCAGCAAUACAGUAAUGCAGAAAACUGAAUUACUGUAUGUACUGUAUCUUCUCUGCUCCUGGGAUUAAUUACUUAAUUUUUGCUAGAUCUGAUAUUUUAACUGAUUUAAAACAUGAUUUUCACAUUAUUGUCCUGUAAUGGAUCAAAAUUCAAUUUGCACCAAUGUUUUUCUGCAUUAAAACUUUCUGAACUGGAUAAACAGCUACUUACCAAUGUACAGUAAGAAUGUCAAUCAGCUGGAACACAUUCACACAGAGAGGUGACUCAAGGCAGGGACUUCUCUGUGGUGUUUGCAUUACUGAUGUCAUAGUUGGGCACCCCCUUCCUCUUUCUCUGUGACCAUGUCUGUCCCUACCAGUUGAAGUGACAGUGUUUGCUUUCUGUUAUUUUUUCUUAAUGAAAGUAUUUGAUUGUUUAGUAAGGUUUUAAGUGAUUUGUUUUUUGAGUCUGAAUAUUUUAUAACAUGUUACAAUGAAGAUUGUAGUGUACAAAUUCACAUUUAUAUAAUAUGGUAUAAUGCAAUAAACAAAAAAAAAUAUUA